AUGGCAGGAGAACUUCUAUUGAUCACUGGCGUUUCAGGACACGUGGGUUUCCGCGUCCUCGCUGAGGCCCUCCAAGCUGGCUACAGAGCUCGCGCCGUCGUCCGCAGGGCUGAGCAGGCCACGAAGAUCAAGGCAACCAAAUCCAUCUCGCCUUACGCGGAUAAGGUCGAAUUCGCAGUUAUCCCCGAUCUCAGUGUCGACGGUGCUUUCGAUGCCCACACCAACGGUGUCUCCUAUAUCCUCCAUGUCGCCGCACAGCAGUUCACCUCCGUCGAUGUCCCGAUCGACGUUGCUGAAUUCGCCAAGAGCAACAUCAAGUUUACUGAAAACAUCCUUGAAGCCGCAGCCAAGGCCCCCUCCGUCAAGCGCGUCCUCAUCACCUCCUCCAUCACCACCCUCUUAACCGGCGAAGGCCUCCAGGGCGACUCUGACCUGGUCCUCAGCUGGAAAUCGGAGGUCGCAAAGGACCUCAUCAGUCCUGCCCCGGAGAAGGCUGUUGGACCCAUCGCAUACGUGAUCUCCAAGGUCCUUUCCGCCAAGCUCGUUGAGAAGUUCGUUGAGGAGAGGAAGCCUCACUUCACUGUCGCCUCCAUCCUGCUCGGCACGACCAUUGGGCGAUUCGAACUCGCCUCCGAGUCGAAGGAGCUCGUUUCCGGCUCGAACAUUGUUCCUCUCGCACCCCUUCUCGGCUUCCCCUUCCCCCCUACCCAGUCUGUCUUCAUCCACAUCGACGACGCCGCCCAAUCGCACAUCAAGGCAUUGACCAUCGACAUCGCCCCCGGCACUGUCCGCAAGAUCGUGCCCGUGUACAACACGGCGGCCAACCCCGACGCGUUUACCUGGGACGACUCGAUCACAAUCGUCAAGAAGCACUUCCCUGGUGUCAUUGAGAGCGGUGCGUUCCCGCUCGGCGGCACAGUCCCCAAACGCAAGUGCCUCGUCGACUCAUCCGAGGACGAGAAGGUACUGGGGCUCAAGUUCAAGACGUACGAGGAGGCCGUCGUCGACCUCAUCACCCAGUUCCUCACCCUUGCGCAGGCUGCCCAGGCUGCUGCUGCGUGA